AUGAGCGAGUUGGGAAACUCACCCGGCGCUUCGGCCGCUACCUCUACAGCUACAAUCAUCUCUGUGGGCCAACAGCGUCAGAUCAAAGUCAUCAUCAAAGCAGCCAUCCGUCGCUGUAAAGUCGAGAAGUCGCUUAAUCUAGCCCGACUCAAGCAAGAGACUACCGAUGCGAUUGAUCGUCGGCAAGCUGAUAUAGGUCUCCAAUUGAAGAGCCUUACUCUCAUAAUGGAACGGUCAAAAAUGCUCGAUGAGAGGUCUGAGUCAAUCAAAGGCCUAGCAGCAGUUCUUGCCGUUUCAGUAAGUUACUUCAGUCUAUUCUCUGGGGUGACUGAAGAGCGCAAACACAUUGCGGCGUCUCGCGAAUUGGUUGUUUCAGAGUUAGAUUCCGACAAAAAGCAUUAUGAAAAGCGGACCGAAGUCGCUACAAAGUCAUAUGAUAGUAUCGAGGAAUGCCUAGACAUACGAGAGGACAGUCUCGAGCGCCUCGCAUCAAUUCUGGGCAUCUCGCUCGAGGAUUAA